AUGGACGAUUUCGAGAUCUCCCGUAGCCUUUCAGACACACAGGAAGUGAGAAAGACUAAGCUCCAGACAUUACUCCAGGCCCUCAAGUGGUUUAUCCAAGACCAGUGGUUCUUGCUCGGGAUGGGAUUCGUGAUCCUCGUCUCUUCCCAGGUCCAGGUCCCCGACUCGCAACAGCGCUUAAAACGAACUAUCGUAACAUACCUCGCCGUAUCCGUCAUCUUCUUCAUAAAUGGAUGCACGGUGUCGACUCGUGUUCUGUUCGACAACUACAAGCGAUGGAAGGUUCACGCUUCAGUCCAGCUCCAAUGCUACCUGAUGACUUCGGCGGCUACUUUUGGAAUAGUCACCAUCUGUGCAACAAACCCAAGGUUUAUGGAUCCAUGGUUACUCAUUGGCCUCCUUUUUGUCGGCUCUGCUCCUACCACCAUGUCAUCUAAUGUUGUCAUGACACGCCAAGCUCAUGGCAAUGCUGCACUCACCGUGGUCCAGUCUGUUAUCGGUCAAUUCCUGUGUCCUUUCCUCACUCCAAUCCUUCUCCAAAUGUAUCUGUCUAGCGGAGCAUGGUAUACAAAGGUCCUGGUCAACGGAAACAACUACGGGGAGAUUUAUCAGCGUGUGUUUAAACAGCUCGGACUCUCACUUUUUAUCCCCAUGUUCGUUGGCCAAAUCGUCCAGAACCUCUUUCCGGAUAUUACAAAAACUGUCUUCAUCAGAUGGAAGCUAAUGAAGCUAUCGUCCGUGGCCCUUCUUACAUUAGUCUGGCAGACCUUUGACCAAGCUUUUCACUCUGGUGCCUUUGCUACCGUCAAGCCCUCCAACAUCGUUUUCCUCAUCUUCAUCUCCUUUUCUCUAUACUUUGUCUGGCUUGGAAUAUGUUUCAUAACCUCUAUCAUUUGGCUUCCAAAAAAGGAUGUUAUUGCUGUGUGCUACUGUUGUCCGGCGAAAGCUCUUGCAAUGGUUGUCCCUGUAAGUUCAGUCAUGUAUCUAAGUAUCAGCCCAGUCAACCAGAGCAAGCUUCAAAUCCCAGCGGUCCUCUACCAAGCGCUCCAGGUCACCAUUGGAAGUGUCUUAACGCUUAUCUUCCGCAAGUGGAUCCGGCCGGAAGAAGAGAAGGAAGAUCAAGAGAAGAGUUCGGGUGGCGAGUAG